AUAACUACUAAAAUUUCAAAUCCUUUCACAUCACAUUAAAUUAAACAAACUAAAUAAACAGCAUGAAAGAAAGAAGUAUAAUCGUAUUCCAAUAAUAAUACCACUAUGAAAGUAAGGAUCCAACUACGAAAGGUCAGACGAUACUUAUUCUCAUAAGCAAUGUAAUUAUAUCCCUACAUAGUGCUAAAGCUGCAAAACCCACCAAGCCCACAGCUACAAAAACAAAUCAUAUACAUAUUCAAUCACAAAAUAGAGAGAGAGAGAGAGAGAGAGAGAGAGAGAGAGAGAGAGAGGACAUGCACAAGAAACAGAGCCCCUAAUUUCCGAAGCAGAAGAGCACACUUAAGAAUUGAAAACGAAAAGAAAAAGAGACAAAAGCCGGAUUCUCUGAAGUAGGGCAAAGUCGGGCACUGGGGUGAAGUUUGGAAUACGAAGAGUAUUUGGGUUGAAAGUAUAAAUUCGAGAAAGAUAUAUUUUGAGUCAAAGUAGGGGCGUUUUUGCAAAUGAAACAGAAUUGGCGUUUUGAACUUAUUAGAGAGUACAAGUCACGUGAGCUGCGUGCCGCUCUCUGACCGAUUUAAUAACAUCUUGUUUUGAUGUUUAUGGGGGCUUCUUGGCAAACACUCAACUCUCUCUGGCUACUCGCUCGAAUGCAGCAGCUGCAAUGAGCCCUUAGUUUUCUUCUACCUUCAUUUCUUUGCAUCACAGCUUUGGGUUCUUUGCAACACAGCUUUGGGCCCUCUGUUUUUUCUUUCGUUCAAUAUCUCUCUGUGUUUCAUGGCGUCGAAAAAGCCUCUGUUUUUCGUACUCUUAGCCUUUCAGUGUUUCUUCCUACUCACCAAUGCCAUUGUUUAUCAAAAUGAGCAGAGCCCAGAAAGAGAAGCCCUGAUUUCUUUCAAGACCGCACUUGAAAACCCUGAAGUUCUCUCUUCAUGGAGGCCAUCCAUCCCACACUGCAACUGGGUCGGCGUCUCUUGCCAACUCGGCCGAGUCACUUCACUCGCCCUCCCAACUCUGUCACUCAGAGGCACACUCCCUCCCUCGCUUUUCUCUCUCCCUAACCUCACCGUCCUUGACCUCUCCUCGAACCUCCUCCACGGCCAAAUCCCACCUCAGAUUUCAAAGCUUCCAUCUUUAGUUUCCUUGGACAUAUCCAACAACUCUCUCUCUGGUACUCUUCCACCUGAAAUUGGUAGCUUGGAGAAUCUGACCGACCUCUACAUUGGAGCUAACCAUUUUUCGGGUCCAUUGCCUCGUGAAAUCGGUGACCUUUCACGGCUCGAGAAUCUUGAUUCUCCUUCAUGUUCCAUAACCGGUCCAUUGCCUGAAGAGUUAUCCAAGUUGGAAUCACUGAGUAAACUUGACCUCUCAUACAAUCCAUUGAGAUGUUCCAUACCGAAAGCCAUCGGGAAGUUGCAGAAAUUGAGUAUUCUGAAUUUAGUCUUUGCUGAACUUAAUGGCUCUGUCCCUGCUGAGCUGGGAAACUGUAGGAAUUUGAAGACUUUGAUGCUUUCCUUCAAUUCGCUUUCUGGGUCGCUACCAGAGGAGCUUUCUGACCUUCACGUUUUGACGUUUUCUGCUGAGAAGAACAAUCUUUCCGGACCAUUGCCUCCUUGGCUCGGAAACUGGCAUCAGGUUGAAUCAAUUUUGCUUUCUAGCAAUUCGUUUUCUGGGAAAAUCCCACCUGAGAUUGGGAAUUGUUCUACGCUUAGGUCCCUUAGUUUGAGCAGCAACAGGUUGUCGGGUCCAAUUCCAGAAGAGCUCUGUAAUGCGGUCUCGCUCGUCGAGAUUGAUCUGGAUAGUAAUUUCCUCUCAGGAACGAUUGAGAACACGUUUGUGAAGUGUAGGAACCUUACUCAGUUGGUUUUGGUCAAUAAUCAGAUUGCUGGGCCAAUCCCUGGUUACCUUUCAGAGCUUCCACUGAUGGUGCUCGACCUUGAUUCAAACAAUUUCACGGGUACAAUACCUACAAGUUUUUGGAACUCGGUCAAUUUGAUGGAAUUUUCAGCUUCUAAUAACCAGUUGAGGGGUUCUCUAUCAAAGGAAAUUGGUAGGGCAGCUGCAUUGGAAAGGCUUGUUCUUAGUAACAAUCAGUUGAAAGGCACUAUACCUAAGGAGAUUGGAAAUCUCAGUACCCUUUCUGUUCUUAACUUGAAUUCAAAUCUUCUUGAAGGAAACAUUCCGGCUGAGAUUGGCCGGUGCACAGGACUUACGACAUUGGAACUGGGAAACAACCAACUCAGUGGCUCUAUUCCGGUGGAGAUUGAGGACUUGGCUCAAUUGCAAUGCCUGGUACUUUCUCAUAAUAAGCUGUCUGGAUCAAUUCCUUCAAAGCCAUCCUCGUAUUUUCGGCAAGUUACUAUCCCUGAUUUGAGCUUUGUUCAACAUGUUGGAGUGCUUGAUUUGUCCUACAAUAGACUGUCUGGCACAAUACCUGAAGAUUUGGGUAACUGUGUUGUUCUGGUGGAUCUGUUGAUCAGCAACAACAUGCUGUCUGGGGGAAUUCCAAAAUCCCUCUCUCGCUUAACAAAUCUUACAACCUUGGAUUUGUCCGGCAACAUGCUCAGUGGUUCCAUUCCUCCAGAAUUUGGUGAAUCCCCCAAGCUUCAAGGCUUGUAUCUUGGAAAUAACCAGCUUACAAGCACCAUGCCUGAAAGCUUAGGUCGUUUGGGAAGUUUGGUAAAGCUUAAUCUGACUGGCAAUAAGUUAUCUGGUGCUGUUCCUAUAAGCUUUGGGAACUUGAAAGGGCUAACCCACUUAGACUUAAGCUGUAACAAGCUGGAUGGUGAGCUCCCUUCAUCUCUUUCAAGCAUGCAGAAUCUUGUGGGGUUGUACGUUCAGCAGAACAGGCUUUCUGGUCGUGUUGAUGAGCUCUUCUCAAAUUCCAUGGCUUGGAGGAUUGAAAAUAUGAACUUGAGCAAUAAUUUCUUUAAUGGGGAGCUGCCCCUUUCUUUGGGAAAUCUGUCAUACUUGACAUAUUUGGAUCUUCAUUCAAAUUUGUUUAGAGGAGAGAUUCCUCCAGACCUGGGGAAUCUGAUGCAACUGGAAUAUUUCGAUGUUUCAAGCAACAAGCUCUCUGGGCAGAUUCCAGAGAAAGUAUGCAGCCUCAACAAUUUGUUUUACUUGAACUUUGCAGAGAAUAGGUUGGAAGGGCCGAUUCCCAAGACUGGUAUUUGCCAGAAUCUGUCGAAAAUAUCACUUGCUGGUAAUAAAAGGUUGUGUGGGAGAAUCAUGAAUUUGGAUUGCCAAGUCAAAAGUUUUGAUAAGUCAGCUUUGUUGAAUGCUGGGGGAGUUGCAGCUGUUGUAGUUGGAAGUGCUCUGAUAAUUGUUGUCGUAGCUUUAGCUUUAAUAAGAUGGGUUACCAGAAGCAGUCGUCAUGAUCCUGAAGAAACUGAAGAAAGCAAGUUAAGCAGUUUCUUAGAUCAUAAUCUCUAUUUCCUCAGUAGCAGCAGAUCAAAGGAACCUCUGAGCAUCAAUGUGGCCAUGUUUCAGCAGCCACUUCUGAAGCUAACUUUAGUUGAUAUACUUGAAGCCACCAACAAUUUCUGCAAGACAAACAUAAUUGGAGAUGGAGGCUUUGGAACUGUGUACAAGGCCACUUUGUCCAAUGGGAAAACAGUUGCAGUUAAGAAGCUAAGCGAGUAUAAAACCCAGGGACAUCGAGAAUUCAUUGCUGAAAUGGAAACCUUGGGUAAAGUAAACCACCAAAAUCUCGUUCCAUUGCUUGGGUACUGCUCUCUUGGUGAGGAGAAGCUCCUUGUUUAUGAGUAUAUGGUGAACGGGAGCCUAGACAUUUGGCUGAGGAAUCGAACUGGAGAACUUGAAGUCCUGGAUUGGGACAGACGUUUUAAAAUUGCUUUGGGUGCAGCCCGUGGCCUGGCGUUUCUUCAUCAUGGUUUUAUUCCCCACAUCAUUCACAGGGAUAUUAAAGCCAGCAACAUCUUGCUCAAUGAAGACUUUGAGCCAAAGGUUGCAGACUUUGGACUUGCAAGAUUGAUCAGUGCUUGUGAGACUCACAUUUCAACUGACAUUGCAGGAACAUUUGGCUACAUCCCACCAGAGUAUGGACAAAGUGGGAGAUCUACCACAAAGGGAGAUGUCUAUAGCUUUGGUGUGAUAAUGCUUGAAUUGGUGACAGGGAAGGAGCCCACUGGACCUGACUUCAAAGAGAUGGAAGGCGGGAACUUGGUCGGUUGGGUUGUUCAAAAGAUGAAAAAGGGGCAAGCUGCCGAUGUUCUUGAUCCAAUUGUACUCAAUGCGGAUUCGAAGAGCAAGAUGCUUCAAGUGCUGGACAUUGCCCGUGUUUGCCUUUCUGAUAACCCUGCCAGCAGGCCAACCAUGCUUCAAGUGUUUAGUUCCUUGAAGGGAUCAAAGACGAGUAAAAUGUAGACUUGUCUAUGUGGUGGAGAGUGUAACAGGUUUGUUGUUAUGACAACAAUGAUGGUGAUGUAAAGUAGUUUGCAAGUGGUAGGACUUCUAAGUUGUAAUGCUAAUGCUAUAUUAGUCUGCUAACCUAAUCACAAGCCAGAAUUUCAAUACUCCUGCUCCUGGUGACAAUGUUCGGUUCUUAAUUUACCUUUUCAUUUCUUUUUCUUUUCAUUAUUUUUUUAGAGGACUUUUCCUAUUGAAAGAGGCGAUAGCAUACUAAACUCACACACACUACACGGAUGUUAGGACUCGAAUUCAGGACCUUACCUGAGAGAGUAAGUACUUCAAACCACUACACUAGUGGGUCCUUUGCCACUAUACUCCAAACCUAGGACCUUUCCAUUUCUUCUUUCACAUUAAGCACAUAAAGGUUAUCAUAGUAGUAUCAUAGUAACAAACAAGGUACAUGUUGAUGAACAAAGUUAUCUGCAAAUUCUUUCCAUGCAAAGCAAAAUUGAAGUUUGAACAGUUUCAAGUCCAUCUCAGCCUUACCCUAAUUUGGAGAAACACUUAAAAAUUCAUAAGGUCGGGAUGAAAAUGGUAAAGCAGUCAAAGAGAGGCAGCUCUCUUAUCUGUGGAAUUUAGGGACGGCAGCAAAAGAAAAAAAGUGCAAAACACUUUUCCAAGAGGACAGCCGCAUAAAUGCUCUUCUAAAACAAAGACUUUGGAAACGAAUAACUAUCCGUCCUAAGAAGAUACCAGGAACCUAUGAUCAAACCGACUCUUACUGGAAAUUAACUAAUUGCCAUACAAUUCCAUAAAUACCCUAUUUCACCUUCUUUUUCUCUUUUUCUUUUUUUGGGUCUGAUAUUUGACUAUUCCCUUGCUUGAUGGGAAGUGCGAAAUAUUUGAUC